ACAUCAGUGAAUCGAUGUAUGUGAUCGUCGGCGCAUCUAUCUGCAGACGGGCAGCAAAGAGCAUUGGUGGCCGUAGAGACAUUCCGUUUCUCCCUCGGCUCUUGAGGCGUUCCUGAACCCUCUUUAUUUUUCUCGGGGACGACCGCGUUGAGGAUGAAACCACCGGGAGGGAUCUUCGUGUCGGUUUUUCUCUUCGCCGCUGAGAUGGUGGCCGCCCUUUACCUGAGCAGCACCUACAAAUCCGGCGGGGACAAGAUCUGGCAGAUCCUCACCCUGGUCUUCGCCCUGGUGCCCUCCAUCCUGGUCCAGUUCACACUGACCUUCGUCCACCGGGACGUGAGCAGGGACAGGCCACUGGUGCUCCUUCUUCAUCUCCUGCAGCUGGGACCUUUCGUCAGAUGUCUGGAAGCUUUUUGCCUCUACCUAAAUGUCGGUAAAGUUGAAGAAUCUUACGUCAGUAUUACCCGAAAGAAACACUUGAAAAAAAGUGGCUCUUCUGAAGAAAUUGAAAAAGAAGUAGGUCAGGCUGAAGGCAAAUUGUUCACCCACCGUGCUGCUUUUAACCGGACAUCAGUGAUUCAGGCCUUCAUAGGCUCCGCGCCUCAACUUACUCUUCAGUUGUAUGUCAGCGUAAAGCAGCAGGUAGUAACUCCUGGGAGAGGAGUGUUAAUGGUCAUAUCACUGUUCACCAUUGUGUACGGGGCCAUGCGGUGCAAUAUCCUCGCCAUCAAAAUCAAGUAUGAUGAGUACGAAGUGCAUGUGAAGCCAGCGGCAUACAUUUGCAUCUUCCUGUGGAGGAGCUUUGAGAUCGCCACCAGAGUCAUUGUUUUAGUCCUUUUCAGCUCCGUGCUGCAGAUCUGGAUCCUCCCCGUGGUUCUCUUGAACCUUUUUGCCUUUUUCUUCUAUCCAUGGAUAUUAUUCUGGAGCAGCAAAUCUCCUUUCCCUGAGAACAUUGAAAAGACAUUUACCAGAGUAGGUACCACGGUUGUGUUAUGUUGCCUGACAUUUCUUUAUGCUGGCAUUAAUAUGUUCUGUUGGUCAGCUGUCCAACUCAAGUUAAAUGAUUCUGAUUUAAUUAAUAAGUCACAGAAUUGGUAUAGACAAGCUGUGUACUAUAUGAUUCGAUUCAUCGAAAAUGCCAUUCUUAUUCUACUAUGGUACGUUUAUAAGACUGACGUGUACAGUUACAUCUGUGCCCCACUGCUCGUCAUGCAGCUGUUAAUAGGCUAUUGUAUUGCGGUAUUUUUUAUGCUUGUAUUUUACCAGUUCUGCCACCCCUGUAAAAAACUUUUUACCUCCAGUAUUUCCAAAGGAUUACUCGCCUGUAUUCAUUUUACUUGCGUAAAAUGCAAUUGCUGCAAGUCUGAAUCCACAGAGAAGAUCGGCUUGGAGCCAAAUAAUGCCAAUGAUCAUGAACAGGGCCUUGACCCUAACUGUGGAUCUCGGGGUUAGAAGUAGCUUCUCAAUGCAAACAAAACUACAGGGAUGGCCUUUUCAUUUGCGCGUAUCCAUUUUGUUUGGACAUAGCAAUCGCUAUAAAUAAUAAAUGUGCCUCCGACAAAAAUUAGCAGUUUGUAAUUCCCAUGAGAGGAGGGGUGUCUUGCAAAUGGUUGAAUUGUUGCACAUUUCAGUGAGCUGUGGAAGUAAGCUUUCUAAAUCCAGGCUUCCAGCAUGAAAUCAGGUGCAAGCGGAGAGAUCUGGUACAUCCGGACACAUUUGAUACAACCUUUAAUGUUAGUAGGCAGAAAUUAUCUGGCAAUUGUUAGUCUAGAUUAGUUUAGAUAAAGGGUGGAAACAGGCCCUUCUGCCAAUGGAGUCGGCACCGACCAGCAAUCCCCGUACACUAGCACUAUCCUACACAC